UGUGUUGAACUUCUGCUCGAAGUAAAGCGGUGAGCCUGCAAACAAAAAAAUGGCUGAGAAAAUGUUCCUGCAAAUGGUGGCUUGAAUGAAUCAAACAGGAUUUUUUUUUUAUCUCUAAUCUCCUUACUUAAAUAUUUUCUAUUGCAUGAGUAUGAGUAUUCUUCUGAGUGAAUGAGUGGGUGCUUGGAUGAAUUUUCUCUUUUCUCGCGUACUUCCUUUUGCUGCGUUCUCGACUCGCAGCAAUAAUUUUUUUUGUCUCUCUGAGUGUUGUUUCAUUAUAGUCUAAGCACAACCUUCGCAGGGCUUCAGUUCAGAAUCGCUAGUUCUAUGCCAUAAAGAGGAUGAAGCAGUUGUGCUUUUUUACGCGAUAACUGAAUAUACGUCACAGGAUGUCAGGAACCAGUUGGCAAGGCCAUUCUCAGAAAUAGGUAGACUCACUAGAUUUAGUGCUUGGCUGAUUGAUAUUAGAUCACAACACGGCGAAGCAUGAAUCCCUCAUGAUUUCCGGUACUAGUAGUGCCUGUAGCUGUGUUUUCCAUCCUAUGCGUAGCCCUAUCGUGGGAAAAUCCCCAGGAAAAUAUUACGCACGUUUGGGAAUAGAUUCAAUUCACGACUGAGGAUACGUGAACAGGCCAACGCCUAAACGACGGGGCCAGCGACUAUCAUCACCAGCAGGAUCACCAUCAUCAGUCAUCUUCGUAAAUUCUGGAUCUAUCACUAUCUAUUGCCAAGGAACUCUUAGGCACGUUGCUGGCCCUUAUAAGUCAUUUUUUAGGCCCUUCUCUUCUAGUCCUUGAGCAUCAGUUCCUUCUCUUCUAGUCUUUGAGUAUCGGUCUUCUUCAAUGAAUGAAUUGAGACACAAGUGUACUAAUCCUGUACUUGAGUAAGAGAGACAAAAAAUGUAUCAAUUCGAGGAAUUUUUGCGCGCGCCUGACAAAGUGGAAAACGGAUCGCAGAAAGCACCGACCCUGCAGUGGUGGCAGAAUCUCCGACAACAUUUCCGAAAUGUUAAGGCAGAUGUCAUUGUCGAAAUAUGCGAUGCCAUUUUUUUUCAGACAGUCUCAGAAGAUGUACAUGUAGUAAAAGUCGCAGUAGGGUAGUUACUUUUACAAUCUCCGAAGCAGGUGUAGCAGGAGUCGUGUUAAGCAUUGUGAAGGAAGUCAUUUUUUGCCAUGUAAGAUAGCCAUUCAUAUUCUCAAUCCCAGACGGCGGCUUCGUAGUUCAAAUUUAUUCCUUCAAUAUAUUUCAGCCCCCUCAUUUUUUUUGGAAUUAUUCACACUAGGUGGGCUAUUGGUCUAACAAUACCCUCAAUUAUUGGUCUCCUUCCUGCGUUAGAGAGUUAGACUUUUUAGUCUAAAGAUAUAAAUGUGUACUCGAACUACCUCUCUGACCAACGGGUUGUACGCUCCUACGAUUACUAUUAUUUUUACUACGACUUCUCCUAAUACUGGGCAUACUACUGCUACUACUAGCUCUACACUCACUCGAUGUUCUGGCGUUCGACAGUAAUGAACCGAUUCAAGAAGGUACUGGGCAUACU